UCAACGCUCCCGCACAAGCGAUGGCCUUUCUCCAAAACUGGCAGCAGCAGCCUUUCUACACGCCUGUGCUCGUCAAGCCGCACAGUAUGGUCAUGGAGACAGGCCACGUGUGCGUCGAGCCCGACUGCGGCCUCGUUUUUGAAGACGCACAGGGUCUCAAAGACCACGUGACGCAGCACACGUGGGGCCCGCACACGGUACAGACGCACGAGAAUGGCGCCAAGACCUUCCAUUGCCUCGGGUGUGGCAAGGCCAUGACGGACCGCAAGGUGCUUCGAAAGCACUUGCUGACGCACCAAGAGAAGCGGUUUUUGUGCACGUUUGACGGCUGCGACAAGAAAUUCUACGAGCGCGCCAAGCUCAAGCGGCACAUGCUCGUGCACACGGGCGAGAAGGCGUUUCGAUGCACGUACCCCGCGUGCGACAAGCACUUUGCGUACAAGGCGAAUCUCAAGACGCAUUUACGCACGCACACGGGCUUGAAGCCGUUCCCGUGCCUCUUUCCCGGCUGCCCGCGCACCUUUGCGCAAGCGUCGAACCGCAACUCGCACAUGCAGACGCACACGCGGGCGUCGUCGAAAGCGUGGUCGGGCGACGCCAAAGAGACGCCGAUGCUCUCGUCGUCGUCGGCGGCAAUGGCCCAGUUCAAACUGCCGCCCAUGGACUUGUCGCUGCAAGAGUUUCUCGGGCCUAUGGACCCGAUGCUGCAGCGCAUUCCGACGCCACGCUUUGCGAAGAGCACGUCCUGCCAUGGUAGUAGUAGCACUUGCAUGUCGAGUGGCCACCCGCCGAGAGCGCAGUUGUCGCCGCUCGACUUGUCGCUUGACGGGCUCAAGUCGAGCGAGCUCUACAACAUGCUGCCAACGCCCGGCUCGUUCCUCGGCGGCAACCUCUUCAGUUUUGAUCCGGCGUCGUAAACAUCCUUUCCGAGGCCCCAUUUUUAAUACACGGAUGAAUGAC